AUGGAUACUAAUUCUUCUGUUUAUAUUCAGGGUCUUCUAUCUCUUUUACGAAAGCUACGAUCUGCACCGGAAAAGGAGCUUCGCAUUCUAUUGCUCGGAUUGGACAACGCGGGCAAGACCACGCUACUUAAACAGCUUGCCUCGGAGGAAGUAACACAAGUGACUCCAACUGCAGGAUUCAACAUUAAAUCUGUAGUAUCUGAUGGAUUCAAGCUGAAUGUCUGGGACAUUGGCGGGCAGAGCAAGAUACGGCCGUAUUGGAAGAACUAUUUCGAAAACACCGACGUCCUUAUAUACGUUAUCGAUUCGAGUGACAAAAAAAGGUUGGAAGAAACUGGCGAUGAGCUUACCGAGUUGCUGUUGGACGAUAAGUUGAAAUCUGUGCCGUUGCUGGUGUUUGCAAAUAAGCAAGACGUGGUCGGUGCCCUGAAGGCAUCCGAGAUUGCAGAAUGUUUGAAGCUGGUUAAGCUCAUGGACCGCACCUGGCAAAUACAAGCAUGUUCUGCACUGCAAGGCACAGGAGUAAAGAUGGAGGUGCACGAUGCCGAACGUAACCGUUCCUUCGGUUCCGAACAAACCGGCACAAAACAACUGCUUUCACAUACACCAACCCUGCGUCACAAACACGGAAAUGCACCAGUCUGCACGGCAAAUGGCUGCCCAAUCGCCCGGUACAACAUCAUCAAGCCCGACCACUAUGGCUGCAAGACUAGCUACUUUCUUCCUAGGAACUGUAGCCAAACACUUGGAUACAAAAGGCCACUACAGUCCUGCGUCCAGUGCACUUACACCCGGUCGAUGAACAGUGAAAGUGAUCACGAGGAGAAGUGCAGUGCUCGAACGUAG